AUGGAAGUAUACUUAGAUGAUAUAAUCAUCUAUUCAAAAACCUUCCAAGAUCACCUCAACCAUCUUAAAAACGUCUUAACAACUUUGGCCGUAGCCGUGUUAAAGCUAAAUCCAGAUAAAUAUGAGUUAUUUAAAAAUAACAUUGAAUUUUUAGGUCAUGAGGUAGGCAAAGCCAGAAUUACUCCAGAUGAAAACAAAGCCUAG